AGGAUACCGGCCGCUGCACCACCAUUCCUCUCAAAUCGUCCGUCUCGCCUCUAACUCGGAGCAAGGCACAAGCUUAUCAGGCCUUCCGAAGCAUAUCAGUGCUUAUCUCCAUCUCCAACCCACUUUUGCUCCCAAACCUCCAGGGUUCAGAUGCAGAUCCCCACAUUAGCCAGCUAUUAUUUGCGAUGGGUUCGCAACGCCCACUGCCAUUGUAGCCUCGCCCGCCUUCGCAUAUCACCUAGCGUUGUUCGAUAGGAUGCUGACAGCGGACAUGGGGUCUGAUCCUUUGCCUAUCUGUAGCUAUGCCGCGAGUGCGGAACGCGUACCGUGGGAACAUGCCGUCACCUCGGUACGACGUUGCAUGAACACUAUAUCAACUUCAGUGCACCCCGCGUAGUUUAGUCGUGGCACUGUCCCGAAAGCUCAUUCUCUCAAGUCGUCCUAUCUUGUUGCUUUGUUUAGCUCGUCAUGGCAGACAUUAUAGACCAUUCCAGCGAUGGCGAAGCCCACAUUCCGGGAACGGUUCACCUGGUUGACCUUCUAGGGACGAUGCACGCAAGGCAUGCGGAGGGUGGGCAGAAAGAUAUUGUCCUUGUCCCAGCGCCAUCUUCUGAUCCCGAUGAUCCCCUGAACUGGUCACCAUCGAGGAAAGCUUUGAGCACGGCAUGCAUGUGCGUGUACACGCUCAUGGUAGGGAUCGCAAGCGCAGCCAUUUAUUCCGUCCUGGAACCUAUCAGCGAAGAGACGGGCUUGACAUUGAACGACUUGAACCAAGGCACCGGCUAUAUGUUUCUCUUCUUCGGCUGGGGCUGUCUUAUCUGGCAACCGCUCGCUCUGCAGUAUGGAAAGCGUCCAGCGUAUCUGCUGUCCAUGCUUGCAACAUUAGCCGUGCAAGUCUGGGCCCCUUACACCAAGACGAACGGACAGUGGAUCGCGAAUAAGAUCAUCCAGGGCUUCGUUGGAGCACCAAUUGAGAGCUUGUGCGAGAUCAGUGUAACCGAUAUCUACUUCACCCACGAAAGGGGACGGUAUAUUGGACUGUAUGCGUUGUUGCUCGCUGGCAGCAAUUUUUUCGCCCCCGUCAUUUCUGGCUUCAUUGCGGAUGCUCAAGGGUGGCAGUGGGUGUUGUACUGGUGCGCAAUCUUCAACGCCAUCGGCUUCUUCUUCUGCUUCUUCUUCAUGGAAGAAACAAACUAUGUCCGCCACCAAGUCGGUACACCGCCUGACACCCCCGGCAUCCGCACUCCCGCCGAACCCAUCGACGCCGAAAAAGCGACCGCCAUUGACAGUCCUGCUCGCGAGCCAUCGCCCUCCCCAGCCUACAAGCGCAAAACGUACCUCGACAAAAUCAAAGUGUUCCAGAAAUCCGACCUCCAAAAGCCUAACGAACUCAAAGGAAUGAUGACCCGUCCCCUGAUCUUCGCUACGUUCCCUGUAAUCUUCUACGCAGGGUUCUCAUACGGGUCGAACCUUGUCUGGUUCAACGUGCUCAACGCCACCGCAUCCCUUAUUCUAAGCGGCACGUAUGGGUUCUCCGCAAGCAUGGUCGGCGUGUGCUACGUCUCCCCGCUAAUCGGCGUCGCCCUCGGCGCCGCAUAUACAGGUUGGCUGGGAGACUUUUUCGUAAUCCGAAAGGCGCGCAAGAACAAGGGGAUCAUGGAAUCCGAGCACCGCCUGUGGCUCUUCGUGCCCUCGCUUCUCCUCAUCCCCUUUGGCCUCAUCCUCUGGGGCGUCGGCUCCGCGCACCAUGUGCACUGGUUCGGGCCGGUUUUCGCUAUGGGCGUCAUUGCCAUGACGAACACUUUCGGUGUUCAGCUGUCGAUCGCCUAUUGUAUUGAUUCGUACCGCGCGCUGUCGGGUGAAGCCAUCAUCACGGUGAUUCUGGUGAGAAAUACGAUGAGCUUCGCAAUUGGAUACGGGAUCACGCCUUGGGUGACGAAUAUGGGGCUGCAGAACUCCUUUAUCACAGCCGCUUUUGUGGGGUUGGCACAAGUUUGUACGAUCUUCAUUAUGAUAAAAUGGGGGAAGAGGUUGAGGGAGCUGAGUGUUGGGAAAUACUCGAAGUAUGUGGAAAUCAUGGCGAAGAGUGGUAUGGUGCAUUGAAGGAUGAGCCAGAAAUGGAAAGGAAAGCUUCCAAUGAUAGGGGCAAGUGUAUUUAUGCCGAGGGCUUUGCAACCCAGGGUAUCUAGAACCGAGCACAUUGUAUAUGCCGCACAGAUGAUUACAAAGAUAUAG